AUGCUAUCUCGUUCAGUUCCAAUCGUUUUUGAUACAACAACACUUUCACUGUUCUCAAAAAGACUACUCAAUUCACCUCAAUUCAAGCUGAAUUAUAAACCGAACGUGAAAGAUGCGGCAGUGCUUGUGCCUUUAUGUGUCGUUGAAGGAAAACCUAGCAUCCUAUUCACAGUAAGAAACAUCAAUAUGAGAACGCAUAGCGGCGAGAUAAGUUUCCCUGGUGGUAAAACAGAUGAAAGCGACCCCUCAACACAGUUUACUGCGUUGCGAGAGACAAAGGAAGAGAUUGGCAUAGACACUGAAUCAAUAGAUAUCUUGGGCUGUUAUUCAGCAUUGCCCAACAAAACAGGAUCGCUCAAAGUGUAUCCCUAUGUGGGAUUUAUCAAGGAUCAAGUAGACCUCACAAAAUUCAACCCUGAUGAAGUGUCGAGUGUAUUUACAUUGCCCAUCGACUACCUGAUACAGCCAGAAGUGAGACAGCUCAAGCAAUUCCGUGAGAGCAAGAUGAAGUAUACAGAAUUCAAGGUGCCAGAUCAUAUAGAAGGCGAAAAGCAAAUUUGGGGGUUGACCUCCUUCAUCUUAGACGGGGUCUUACGCAAGAUUAUGCCAGAGCAUUAUCCCUAA